AUGAAUCGUUUCCUCACGAGAAAGAAGGACCGGGUCCUCGACGACAAUGCGUCAGGUGGUAAGAAAAGCAAGAAGGGAAAGAAGAGCCAGCCGGAGCCCAAGAUCGAGCUGGACAUUACGGCCGCAUUGCCCGCUUCAGACAACUUUCGGACCAGUUUAAUCAUGCCCAGCUUGUCCACGCGCUUUAGCAUGCUAAGAGAACAGGACGACCCAAGCUCGAAGCUCGGUAAAGCAAGCGACGACAGUGUUUUGCUCCCGAAACGUCAGUCUCGUCUCCAUGAGUUCGGCUUCGUCCCUGGAGGGCUCUCUGAUAUAGCCGAAGUUUCAUCCCUCAAUGGCUCUGUUAGUGGUUCUGCUCGACCCCCGUUUGCAAACGAGCGGCAAAAUUCAUUCGACAGCCAUAACGCCGAGGAAGGUGGAAGCAUGAUGAGCCGCGCAAGGCCGGGAGAGGGCAAUGUGCUGUUUGGCGGUCGGCAGAAGAUCUACAAGAUCUCCAACACUGGGUCGUCAAAGAGUCUUGGGCGGGCGUUGUACGAGGACGAUGUUAGCAUGUCGACCUUUCAAAAGAUACGAGCACAGGAACGGGAAAGAGCAAGGGUGCAGAUGGAAGGGCAAGAGAAGGCCGAUGAUGACCAGCAAUCCGAACCAUCCAGCCCAACCAAGGAACUCGCAUACUCUCCCUCGCUCUCUGGUUACAGCCAACGAAGAGAAACCUCAUCCUCGACCAAUUCUGGCACAGCUAACACUCGCUCCUCCACCGCCGCGACUUCAAUCGCCUCACAAGGUGCCAAUGCCGUUCCAGCAUCUUCGCCAGCCCUUCCCAGUUCUACAACAGCUACAUCCCCCACCACCGAAACGCCGCCUCUCAAUCGGACAACAACGAAGGCCAGAAGGCUGUACGAAACAGGACUAGACCAACACAUUUACGAGCAGCAAUCGUCCGCCAUGAACCGACUCAAUAGCAUACAACGCACUCGUGCGCCAACAGGUCGUUCUACUCCCCCGCUACUGUAUACUCAGACCAGAUCUGCGACAAGUCUAAAUGAUCGAUUUAAUCGGACUACGCCAUUCCGAACAGAGAGUCCCACUCAAAUGGCAAACGCUGCGAUCCCCAAUGGAAAGGAUACCCAUUCCUCUAACUCAAGUCCCGUGGUAUCCCGACCCCAGUCACCUCCACUAAACAGUCCGUUAGCGAGUGAUAGCGACGAAGCUCAAACGCUGCAUUCUGCCCUGCAACCGAAUGACCGGGGAAAGGCUACUGCAAUGGGUGCGUUCAACAAACCCAAGCAGGCAUUUAGUGAACAACAAUACGCAGAGCGUUUGAAACGACUGCAGCAAGAACGGGAAGCGUCAAUGCCGAAACUAGACAAGCCUUCAAAACCUUCCUUACGAGAGCGGGCCGAACUUGAACAGCGCAAGAGAGCAGAGGCGGGGACAAAUGAGCGACAGUGGUCGAACACCGCCGAGAAAAGAGAAGCGCCAUCAGCGUUUUCAGUUUUCCAAUCUGCAGCCAAUCAGAUGAAGAGUCCAGCCACCACAACGGGUUCAACCCUGAAGUCAGACCCGUCAGCUCACAGUGUGCAGUCACCUGACUCUCAAACUGGGGCGACAUUCUUUGCUUCCCCUGGCAGUAGUGAGGAUGAGGAUGAGGGACCAAAGAAGCCAAUUGACCUGUCCCGCCGGCUCCAAAAUAUCCCGACUACAAAUAAGCCAGCACCUCCAAUCCUUCAGCAUCCUGCCUUAAGAUCCCGGAGUAACUCGCGGGUAGAGAAACAGGAACAUCCUUCUCUGCAGUCUCACAGUCAAUCGCGCCCUGCACCAACACAGCAGUCGCACGAUCCUCCCCCUUCUACCAACGGAUCAUUACAGCCUAAUUCUACAACUAAGUCAUCUGACGAUUUAGACAUUGACUCUCCUACUCUCGGUCCAAACAAUGGUGGCUUAAGUGGUCUCGUCCGACAACAUCUGCGGAAUGUCAGUAAUGUGUCGUCAGACUAUGGUGAAUUCAACCAGAUCGCCAUGAGCCCGCCCUAUACAUCAACGGCAACUGCCCCCCUCUCGCUAAGGACUCAGGAAUUAGGUGUUCAGCGACGACAGCCCACUUCCGAGUCAGAUACACCCGCACACUCAAGUUACAGUCACUCUAAUCCUUGGGAUUUGGACGACAUUGACAACCCAUAUUAUGGAGAAGGCGACAGUAUAAGCUCAGUCAGCCCGGUAGAUGCACAUAAGGUGAAACCAGUGACAAAUGUCAAUCCUCCAACAUCCAACUCCCAGUCCACGGAAAGAAGCCCUUCACAUGACGAUACUCCUCAAUGGGAAAAGGAUAUGAAGAAGUCGCAUCAGCGGGGCGCUAGCACGGAGACGCAGGAUGAACGGGAAGCUUUUAAGCGUGAGCUUGCUCAACGCCAGCGUGCUGUCCAAGAAAGCUUGGGGAUGAAGGUCAGCCAGGAUAAUAACCGGUCUGUAAGCCCUGCACCAUCUGCAGGAGCUGGUGGUUUAAAGAACGCACUAAACAUGCUUCGCUCGAAAUCAAGCCGAGAGUCGUUUGCCACAAACAGCGACAUAAGACCACAGGAAGGUCUACCUCCAACUAAAGCCAUGAGGAUGUUGGGGAUUGGCACCGGGUCUGCCAAUGCCAGCAGCACAUCGUUGGCGGGACAGAACGACCGGUUUCAUGGCAAUGAUCACUGGAGAGCAGACGAGGAUCGCAUGGGUCGUGGCCUUGCCUCGCGACCAAAACCUACACGCGUCCUCGAACAGAGUGAGCAAGAUGCCCGUCGAGAGCUUGAGCAGCGCCUUCAACGUUCCGCAACUGACGACGUCACCCAUCAUGCAAAACCCAAAGGCAGGUCGCCUCCCGCCUCCAGCAAAAGCUCGACAAGGAACCGGUCAAGCUCAGAGCUGUCAUCUGGUCGUUCUCGCAGCCGAGGAGGCCGCUACCGUGAUGAUCUCGAACAGGCCAUGGUUGAAGGUACAGGGUCAAGGUCCACAGUGUAUCCACUAAACAAUACUCCCUCAAUGUCUGGAUACGCUAUCAAUCCAACCCAACCAGUCCCUGCUGAUCGGCCCUCACUCGAUAGCCAGUCUAGUCGAAUGAGAUCCCGGAGUAAUAGUAGGACGACUGGCUAUUUUGAAUCCAAGCACCUUCAACCUAUUCAAACAGGCCACGGCCACAUGAAUGGGGCUCCCCCGCGGUUGUCGCCUGCUGCCAACAGCCCGAAGCCCCAAUUCUCUCCUGGGCUUCCAGCGUCUCCACGUCCAUCUCCGGGUGCACCAAGCCCGAAUAUGAAUGUUUUCCGACCUCAAGCGUCCCCUGUACCUGCAUUUUCCGCCAACAACACCCCACCCGUGUCUGGUACAACAACACCUGUUACGCCUGGGUUUAACCACCCAAAUCCCAACUCUUCGGGACCCACUCAAAAGCCUGGCAUGCAGGUGCUGCGGAAAAAGUCCAUUGCUAAGACUGACAUUUCUGAGCCCAUCUUUCUCUCUGCGACUUCGGUGAUGGACACCGUCGAUCUACCAGCUGGUGCUUCGCUGAAGAAUGGAAUGGAUCCACCACCCCCACCGGUCCCUCCGAUCAACCCUAUGAGGCGUCGAUUUGGAUUUGGACGGACAGAACAGCAUGAUUCAUAUGUGCAGCCACCACAUACGCCUUUUACAGAAUCACAGAGGACAAAUUCAUCAGAUGCACUGUCCAGUCAGGCAAAUCCAAUCUCCGAGGCACGACAGAGGCUGAGGAAGACCUCGAGUGAAGGAAGGAAUCUACACGGUAAAGCUCAGACUCAGGGGGCUGGGAGUCCCGCUAUGCCUUCAACUCCGUUUGGACGCAAUGGCUCGCCGCCUCGUCCUAUCAACAGCCGACAUAUUGCUCAACGCCCCAUGGACGGAGCGAUGUUUUAA